GUGGGGUAUCGACAGCCCUUAGUUGCCGUCCAGGUCAGCUUUGGAUUGAACGUUACAAAGAAAGAAGUAACAGUUGAGUGCAAAAUUGAUGGAUCACAAAACCUAAAAAACAAGGAUGAACGCGACAAGUUUUUGGGACGAGUUGUGUUCAAAGUCACAGCACGUGCCUAGGAGUAGGGUGUCUCCAGAAUAAACGUUGUGCUGUCUCCAUUUUGUGUCAGCUGGACCUGCCAUUCUAGGAUUAUGAGGCCACCUUGGAGAAGCUGGUGUGGUACACACUGGGGUGAUAUCAUAACGUGCUUCCAGAUCAUAGCAUUCAGUGUCCUCUGCAGUAACUGCCUGCUGCCUCUGCUGCCCUUUGAACCAGUGUGCCGUCGCCAGAUAGGGACCAGUGAGCACCCAAUUCCAAACGUGCAGAGUGGGGGGGUCUCGUCUUUUUGUGUGGUGUAAUUGCCAAAUGUCUAAAGCUUAAUGUGCUGUGCUGUGUAAAUAUUUUAUGGAUUUAACACUGGUAACUGUCAUAUUUUGACAUCGUCAAAGUUUUAGGGAUAAAAUGGUACCUUGCCAACAUCAAGUGACUUUAUAGCUGUAAGAAAUGUGUGUGGAGAAGUUCUGUAUGGGAGGAGAAAAAAGAAAAUAAAAGUGGAUCUGAAAUAUCAA